UUUGGUAAAGGCGAUAUCUAAUUUCAUUGUUUAUUAAUAAUAUAAAGUCCACACCAUUUUGUUUUUGAUUUGGCAUGUAUUCGUAAAAUACGAAUCAAUAAACAAAUGAACGAUGGAAGUCACGAUAUUCCGAGAAUUGGAAGAUUUUCUUGACCCCUUUCUGGAUCCACAGAAUGGACCAGUUCGUCCGGACAAGAUGAUGGCAGGCAGGGCAUUAAUUGCGCUAGAUGCUUUGAUUAAAAACAUGCCUGGUGUUACAGAAGACAGGGUAGAAUCACUAAAGAUUAUGUUACAAGAAGCAAUGAGGGGACGGUGGACAUCUAUGGACAUGAGAAUAGAUGACGCAGUAGAUCAAUUCAAUGAGAUCAAACGAAUGGCAUUUGAUGAGCGCAUAUUGCACGACAGUAAACCACAGUAUUUAUACAGCACCUCAAAGUCCAAAUCUGCAAAUCAUCAAAUAUCACCUCGACCACUGUCAAAAAGACCGGCAUAUAUUGACGGAUUCACAUUGAAAAAUAAACCAUCAGACAAUGACGUUAUAAACGCUGAAGGAACAGGAAGUGUUUUCAAUAUGAAAACGAGGAUCAACAGAAACCCUGAUGACCCUCUGAAUAGAGAGUUCACAUUAGAUGUAAUAAGGCCAGGCACCAAAAUACCACCUCCAACAGGACAAGACCUCGUCAACCGAAAUACACUAAUAAAAGAAGAGUACAAAGACAUGAAAAGCAGAUAUAGCGAACUCCGGAUUCCUGCAACAGUCCCCGAAAUUUCAACACGUUCCUAUAUUCCAUCUCAGGUGCUAACAAAUAACCCAACCAAAAUUGCUGAUCUAUUUACCAAACUGUUUGAUGUGGAAUGGGCUGAUGCUUUUGAACAAGUCUGCAGAAAUCGAAUAGGUGUACCUGAAGUAAAGAUAAUUGUCGAUUUAGCCGAUAUACUGAAGAAAUCCUUUCAAUAUACCCGUGAAGAAGCAAGAAACUUGAUUGACAGCAUGGCAUUAAGAGUUCACGAUACCAUGGCUGUACCACCUGGUCAUACACCUUAUACGGUUCGGUUAAAAGAGAGACAUCAUGAUUACACAUUGAAGCGACAUGCUAGAGAAAUAGUGAAGGAAACAGCUGAUUUAAGUUUGAAUAUCAUAAUAAAAGACUUUGAGGACCGAUACAACCCGCCAAGCUUUCGACAUCAUGUUAUACAACAAUUUGAUAUUGAUGAAUACCAAAAACUAGACAAAGUAACCAGGUACCUUCAGAAAUGUGUGGAGGUUACUUGGUUUAUGAGCGUACAGGAUCCACCGAUGGGACUUUUGUGGCCGAACACAAAUGAAAAUGAAAUAUCUUUAAACUGUUUCAGACAUUUUACAAAAUUUGGUAACAAACUGGAACAUGAAGUAUGGCCAGCUCUAUUAAUACACGAUCAGGGUCCUGUGAUCGUAAAAGGAGUUGCACAACUUAGAUAUUAAACUGAUUAAAAUAUGUUUACUUGCCUAUCAUUAAGUAAGAGAAAUGACAAAAAGCAGAAAGAUGUUGUGAAGCAAAUGUUGAACACGAACAAAUCUACUGUGUAUUUAAUUUAUAUAAAUGAACGGUUUACCAAUAUUGCUCUAAAGAGUUUUUUUUUUCAAUAUAACUGCAUGUCGAAAAAUCUUUGUUAUUUAUUUAUUCACUCUACCAUGUAUGUUGAAAUAAUUGUACGUUUAUUGCUAUGACUUUUGUUAAUGAUUGUAACGAAUUAACGUAGGAAUAUUUAUUAGAAUUUCACUCAUUACUAUAUUUUUACGGAACUGAAAUAGUGAGAGAUAAUUUGCGGAGUAUUAUCAUUAGAACUUCAAAAAGGCAAUAUAGAAUAAUAAUUUCGAUUUUAAUUGUGCGCGUAAUAUAAAAGGAUGUAACCAAUGAAAAUUGUUUUAGAUUUUAUGGUUGUGAUUUGUGUGAUCAUUUGAGUACAAAUGUCGGUAAA